AUGGCCCUUUUCAGAAAAUUUGUCUCUCACCUGAGCUUCUGCUUCUCGUUUGCGAGGCUGCAACCGAUCCAAGUUCGUUAUUGCAACGGUAUCCGAAAUGACUAUCUGGCCAGGGAUGUCAAGGCAAACUUGGAGGUUGAUACCCCAAUAGCGGCUCUCUUCCGAUUGGUGGACCUGGCUUUGGCGGGGCGGUUUCUCUCCUUACGAGAUGAGGUCGAGUUUUUCUGGUGGCGUGCAGUUCCCACUGAAGUGCGCUGGGGCGAUGCUGUCAAGAGCAAGGAGUAUAACAUGCACUACGAGAAACACUUGGAUGCUGACUGGCUCGUACACAACGUGCCCGAUCCCCGGAGUCUGGCAAAGCUUCCACCUCCCUUUUGCGAGCCAGUAUUCAUGCUCAAAGCGCCUACUUCUAAGGAGAUCAACCAGUACAGGCAGCAGCACUCAAAGUACGCUAGCUUGUAUGCAACUGAGGAGGGUUGCAGGCAGUUGCGGAUUGUCAUUGCUGCCGCAUUCGCAGCUGAGCUUUGUGAGGCGUUCAACUGCCGUAUCCAACAUGGUUUGGCCAGGGGCAGGGCAGAUGAUGAUGACCACCUGACUUUUGGACUUGCAAACAAGGGAAGGCUGCAGCUCGAGACUCCUCCAGACUGGGAGAAGGAAGUGGGAAAGCAGCCGGUUGAGGAACUGGGGUGUCUGCGCUUUUUUGGAAUGGGCCCUGAGGAAAGAAGAGUCGGACUGAUCCACUCCGUCAGCAAUCUUUCUUCUUGGCAAGCUGGAUGCGUGAUGGACGAACCGGCGCACUACUUCCGGAAGAUUCUCGAGCGGAUGGAACAAGAGGCGAGCCACCAGACCCGGCUCUUUCUUUCCGACCACUUGUUGCUUAGUACUCAUCGGCAAGCGCGAAAUUAG